ACCAAAGAAGAACAUUCACUUAGAAGAGCUUCAGAUAUAAGUACACAGGUUAUAUCUGCGCAAUCACACAUCAAGAAUACAGAAACAGGACAAACACCAGAUACAGCCAUGCUGAAGACAUUGCUGAUUUGGGCCGUGUUUGCUGCAAGUCUUCCUCCUCCAUCCACUCAGAGCUGCUUCAAAGCCAGUGAGUCUCAGUGUCGUGAUGUGGACUUCACUCCAGGAUCUGACCUGGCAGGAGAAGGCUUUGACAUAACCACCAUGGAACGGAAAGGGGCCUUCGUUCUCGACAUGGGCACUUGGCUCAAGAAGGACAAGUCCUGCACUCUGUGUAAAAAUCCCUACAUGGAAGGUCAAACACAGAAGCUCCCAGUUUCUGUGGUGGACUGGAGACCGACUCAGAAGUGCAAAAUUAAGUUGUCCAGCUCCGUCUACCAGUCUAGUGAGGCCCUGGUCAGCUCCAGCUCCUCCUCUAUUGAGAACAACUGGAAGACAGAAUUGCACAUAUUGACUCCAAAAGUCCAGGGAUCACUGAUGCUGGCAGGCAGUAACUCCAAGCUGGCUGAAUAUUCAAUGGAGAAAACCAAAAAAGACAAGUUCAGCUUCACUAGCCAUGCUGUUUCAUGUGGAUAUUACAGAUACAGAGUUUCGAACAGUCCACUCCUGCACCCAGAGCUAGUCAAAGAAUUUGGAAGUCUCCCUGAGAUCUAUGAUGAGUCUUCAAAACACCUCUAUUACAAGCUGAUUGACAAGUUUGGUACUCAUUAUAUCACAAAGGUGACUCUUGGAGGAGAGGUUAACUCUGUGACCAGCAUUAAGGAGUGUGAGGCAUCCCUACAGGGUCUGAGUGUGGACGAGGUGAAGAUGUGUCUUGAUAUGGAGGCUUCUGUCAGCAUAGGAUCAGCUGUAAACUGGCAGGCUGAGGCUCACCAUUGCAAGCAGGAUAAGGACAAGUCUUUGAGUAAAAAGAGCUUUGCUAGCAGCUUCAGUGACAGAGAUACAAAUGUGAUCGGUGGCUACACUCAGAGUGUUGACCUCCUUUUCUCAUCUAAUAAUGACCCAAAUGCCUAUAAGGAGUGGGUUGCAUCUCUUCCUGCUCACCCUGAUGUCAUUUUCUACACGCUCGAGUCCAUACACAAUUUGCUGCCAGCGAAGACACAUGCACGAGCACAUUUGCGCAAUGCCAUCAAGGACUACAUCCUCCAGAGGGGCCUGCUGAAAAACUGCACAAGCCCAUGUAAUAUUGGUGUGAAGUCCAACUCUAAGGAGCCGUGCGAAUGCAGCUGCGUAAACAACCCCCAGAUGUCCAUAAACUGCUGCCCCGCUCAGAAAGGAUCUGCUGAAGUCAAAGUUACUGUGAUAAAAGGCACCGGGUUAUAUGGAGAUUUCUGGGAUGGGACAGAUGGAUUCGUCAAGCUGAGCCUUAAUAAUAGAUUCAGAGACAAGACGGGCACAAUAUUGAAUAACAACUAUCCUGUAUGGAACGCUGAUUUCCAUCUUGGAACUGAGGACCUUACUAGCUCUAUCAGCCUGAAGCUGGAGGUGUUUGAUGAGGACAGAAGUUCACAAGAUCUUCUUGGAACAUGUAAACUUCACCUGAAAUCUGGUGUGGUCAAUGAAGUCUGUGCACUCAAACAUGGACUGCUGUAUUAUAAAGUGCAGGUGACGUGCAUUCCCGGUUUGACUGGUCCUUCAUGCUCAAAACUUAAGCCCUCUCCCAUGGAUGCACAGCUGGAGAAAGUGUACGUCUCCCGCAACGCUCGCCCGAUUCCCACAGGCAUGUUGUUGAAGAUGGGAGUGCUCCUCAAUGAACGUAUUCCCCGCUUCAACCAGAGCCACAUCCGCAAAGAUACAGGCUUUGAGUUGUAGACCAGUUCAGGUCUUUUUAAAAGCUUUAGCAUUUUUAAACCAGUUAUUAUAAUGCUUAAAGUAGAAAAUAAAUGCACAUUAUAUUGACACAUUAUUGCUAAACCUUUCCUGUUCAUUUGUACUGAAACUUGCCUUUACAGAUUAAUAAUGUAUCGUAAAACAACUCUUUCCAUUUUGUUUAUUUCAGCAGCCACAGAUUUCUUAAGUGCCAAUAUUGCAUUAGUAUUGAAACAUCUAUAAACUAAAAUAAAGAGGCUAUAACACAAUUCAAAUCAAUUUAUUUGUUUCGUGCUUUUAACAAUAGACAUUGUCUCAAAGCAGCUUUAAAGAAGUAAAGAAACAGAAAAAUUAUAAAGUUCAAAAGGAAAACCUCCCUGAGAUGAUAUGAGGAAGAAACCUUGAGAGGACCCAGACUCAGUCGGUAAUGUAAAUGUAAAUAAUGUCAUUUCUUUAACAGUCUGUAGUCCAGUGGAAUUGUGUAACCAACACUUGCCUAUCACACUUGCCUUAUGCUACAGAUGAACAUCUUGUUUUUGUUCAUCUCUAUUUGGAUUAAUAUAAUUAACUCUGGUUGCCAGGCUUUAACAACAUUUCUAGUACAACAACAUCAGCUACAGAUGUGAAAGAUCUACAAUUAGCCAAAAAAAAAAGGACUUAAUGAAGGGAGACAUUUCUUUAUUGUCUCAGAAUUUAUGCUGUAAGUUUAAAACAAUGUCACAGUAUGUCGGACAACAAAACACUGCAUUGGGUAAUUGCUUUAAACUACAGAGCCGUGGUCCUUCGGGCUCCCUACACUAUCACCAGUUAGAAACACGUUUAGCUAUAAUUUGGCCACCACACUGCUUCGGGCUAAUUCAGUUACUGUACUUUAGAAUCUUAACAGAAUUAUAAUAAACACACAUUAAUUUUCAGUUACUUUAGAAACCUUUAAUCUUAAGCACUUUGCUUCAGUUACUUUAGAAACAAAAAUUCACACACAAUUCUGUAACUGUGUUAGGUUUUAUUCAGUUCUGUUAGAAUCUUAAACAGAAAUGUAAAGAAUAGACUUAUCAACUCCUUUUGCUUAUGAUAAUAAACUCUACUCUAUGUUCUAUAGUAGUAGCUUCCUCCAAAGCAGAGUGGUACAGAUAAGCCCCAAGCAGAAGACAAGAUGUCUUUGCAAAGAAUCCACAGGUGGAUCGAUACCCGGGUCAUUGUAGAUGCACUGAGCAUGUACCACUGUGUCUGCAACAAGGGUGAGUCAUUCUGUAAUGUGUAAAAUUACCAAUAUUUUAGCAGCUGUGCUGUAAAAAGGGACACUCAAGGGUGUGUUUUGGAUCCAUGCAAAGUGUGUACACAGUAGAUGGCUUUUUCUCUGUGGAUGACAUUCAGCAGUAAAUAUCCAAGCAGGUUUAUUAUUCCAUUUGAGGGUUUUGGAUUUCUUCUUGAGAUUGAUGUUAAGGGUAAAGCCAUAUGAGGAUGGGUUCCCCCUUGAGUCCGGUUCCUCUCAAGGUUUCUUCCUUUACCAAUUUAAGGCAGUUUUUCCUUGCCACUGCUGCCUGAGUCACCUCAGACUUGCUCAUAGGGGAAUAAAUACAUACACAUUGUG